AUGCGGCCGUACUGUCUGACGUUCGUCGUCAUCGUAGCCGUAGUAUUAGCGGAGCCGUAUGCCAAGCGCGGAGGGAGGGAGGCGGAGGCGGAGGCGAGGCGCAGACGCAGUAGCAGUGGCGGUAGUUCCUCACACUACUCGUAUCCCAGCUCUUCCGGCUACUCGGGUAAUAGCGCCGGCAAUUCGCACUCCUACCCUUCAAGUACUGGACUCUCUGGUAACAGUCAGAAAACAACGUACCAACAAAGCCAGCAGCAACACGCGUACCCCUCUGGUACUGGACUCUCCGGCUCUGGUCAUACAACGUAUCAACAAAACCAGCAACACCACACCAACACACACAACAGCUAUUCAAAGACCGAAGUACACCACCACUAUCAUUACAGCCCUCCGCCGCGGAUCAGUUACGGUUCAACUUACCACCCUGUGUAUCAGGCGUCCCCUCCCAUCUAUGUAUACGAGUAUAGAAAUUCGGGAAGCAGAUUCGAUACCUUGCUCACUGGCUUAGCUUUGUAUAACUUGGGACGUAUGUCAGAAAGACAUAGCCACUACGACGUUAAUCGAGAAUACAGGACUAAUCCUGGUGAGGUAUGUAAAUUGGGUAUAAGCAAGCAUAAUGGAGAGUACGAGGAGACCCGUAUAGAUUUCAGGUUGAUGACGAGCUUCAUCUUGGAGAGUGGAACUCAACCUGCCACCACGAAUCAUAACGUUGUGUCGACCAAUAAGUCCACCACUACUGUCGUAGAGAUCACGAACGGCACUGGAAAUAACGGUACUUCAAACACCAAAGUAACAACAGUGACUGAGAACAAGACGGUGGUAAACGCGUUGGAAGUGAAAGGACCUUCAAUAUCAGUCACACCCGACAUGAAAUGCUUCAUGAUUCAUAUUUCGAGGGACACGUCUAUGACCAAAAGGAAUGUAGACUGUGCUUUAUUACAAAU